AAUAUCUUGUUGUGGUGAACUCAGUUAUGAAAAGAUGCCCAAAGAUACUGGUGGCAUUUUUUCCAAGAGCGCUCCCAAGUAACAAUGACAUUGAAAGUGAACAUAUAGAUUUUCUUAAGUCGACUGGUCAUGUCAUGUUAUGUUGUGACAUGACAUGGCAUAGCAAGACGUGGCGUGGUAUGCCAAGCAAUAUAUGCUAUUUCCACCAGGAUGUGUUGAAUUAGAUGGUCUGAAUUCCUAGUUGUCUUGAACUUAAUUGUCCCAAAGGUGUACAAUAUGCAAAAAAUGCAAUGCAAAUGAUAUACAUAGCGUCACAAUCGAAGAAUAUAUAUUUAGACAUGACGUCUAUUUUCAUUUCUACUGCGUAGUAAUUCUACAGAUUGGUAAAGCUCUGAAAAUGGAGUAUAGCGAAGGUUUCCCGGACGUUUCCCUAGAAUAUGACUGUGGGACUGUACAAUCAGCUGGCACACAAGAGGAUGAAAAUUGGACCAUGCCUCUUCGGAUGAAAGUACUUAAACUACUUCAGAAUAUCAACCAAUGUUUUCAUGUCCUUAUACCUCUGGCUUUGGAUCCUGAGUCUCUGAGAACAUUCUUCCUGCCACUGCCACAAAUCCAAGAAAUUCAGGACUUGUUGAGAGAAGACUCGCCAAUAAAGAUGCUUGGAAUUUUCAGGGAGCACAACAAUCCCUAUAUUAACAUCCUCACUCUGUUUUAUGAAAAUGCUUCAGAUGUCAUCAUGGUCUGGAUCUAUAGACAGAACCUGGUCCUGAACACCACAGUUGUGCACACCAAACUGGUGCCUCCAGGCGGAAUGGCACUGAAAGACCUUCUUCAAAAACAGGAUGUGGACAACAAGAACAUCACCGUUGCUGCGGAGUUCCUGUCAGGACAGAGAAAGGUGUUCACCAGCCACGAGGACAUCAUCAAUAAAACCUGCCUGCUUUCUAUCAUGAUGUCCGCUAACUAAAGCAGUGUCAUGAGAGACAUGCAGAACAAGGUCUACCUUUCACCAAAUCCUUGCAGCCUUUGAACUAUCGAUAUUCAUAUAUAAUAUUCUCAAAAUUGGGAAUUUUGUGCAAGGAUUUAAAGGAGAAGGUAAAUGUUGUUCUGCAUUUUAAAAACCGCCUGAGAAGGAAACAACUGUUUUUGGCUUUUAUCGGGUCACCUCACCCCAAAUACACUCAUCUUGAUACAAUUGUGCACAUGGUCCAUUUGACUUUCUGCUGGUAUUUGUACUGAAUUUGUCUGUUGUCUGAGUUACUGAAUUCUUUUUAUGUAAUCUGCACACUUUUGUCUUGGUGUUGUGUUUCUAUAUUUAACUAUUGUGCUGUUUGACUGUAGAAUUGUGUACAGUAUUCCUUUAUCUAUUGUACAUCUAGGUAAAUAGAAUAUACAGCUAACAAGCACAUCCUUGUGAUUGUCUUUCUUAUCAUACUUCUGCUUAUCAAGAACUUCAAUGAAGUCCAGGGGUAGGGGUUCCAGUUAUCAAAGGCAUGAUGACUUGACUGUUGAUGCUGUGUUUAUAUUUAUUAUCAACACCAAUCAAUCUUUAUUUGCACAGGCCUAUAGUACAUGUAUACAGACAAUAUUAAUAUUAGGCAGUAGAGAGUACAUUUUUUCUUUGUCGAAGGGCAUGAUACAAAAACAUUGACAAUUAUUGUAUAUGGUCCUUCCUAGAAUAGGUUAAUAGAGAUAUACAUUUAUAAAUGUUAUGAUGUACAAAGUAAUAUUUCUUAAAUACUUAUUUCUCAAAGUGUGGUAGGCUGGACGGACACAAAGAAUAUGAUAAUCAUCUUCACUUUGAUUCAAAUCACACAUUCUUCCUUUUUGUAAUUCCAGUAUAUCUACCGGUACCUGUUUCUGUUAAAAAUCAUGGGAUCAGCAACGAAAUUUUGCAAGUGUGAUUCUAUAUUUCCGAACAUUCAAAGAUGAUAAAUAGGUUUCAUUAUAUAUCGAUUACUUAAACAUUCUGUAAUAAAAACAUUUAUUACAUACACAUCAUUGGUCAAGCCAAUUCUGGAGACAUAUAUCUUGUAACUUUUGGAUAUGAGAAACUUUGGAUGCGAGUCUAGGUACUGUUCCAGCCAUAUAUUACCGAAAGCAGUAGAAAAUAGUAACUAUUUAACAUCUGUGCCCCAAUUACGUUUUCCCAAGUCUAUCGUACAAAAUAAUUAUACAAUCAUAUUAGGGGUAAUCUGUAAGAUGGCAUAUUUAAGACUUUAAACCAAUAUUUUACUACUUUCAUUUCUGAUUCAACAACUAAUUGAAAUCUACCACAUUCACCAUGAACCAUUAAGUAUGAAGUACAAAAUGUAGUAACUUUCACACCAAGAAAUCUUUUAAUUGCAUACAAGUGUACUUUUUCUAGUAUAUCAAAUGUUUGGAGUCCCCAAAUCUCAGAACCAUAUAGACGUAUGGGACUAAUCUUAGCAUCAAAAAUUCUAAAAAAUGAUUUGUCUGACAAGUCACCUAAAAUAUAAAAACUUCUGUCAAAUACCAAUUAGUAUUUUCUUUGCUUGCAUUGAUGCAUUUUUUGACAUGUUAGGACCAUGAUAGGUGGUUUGUAAAAUAAACUCCUAAGUAUUUGUAAGACAUAGUUGUUUCUAGCAUUUCACCUUUGUUAUACCAUUUCUUGGUUUGCAGGAAGAUUACCUCCAUACUUAUACAUAAUUAGUUUUAUCUCUAUUUACGGUUAGUUUCCAUUCAUUACAGUAUUUUUUAAUUUGUUUAUUUCUGCUUGUAAUCCUUGUAACAGAAGAAAUAGCUGUACCAUAUCUGGACGUAACUGAAUACAAUUUGAACAGUUUUCAUGAAUCUGUAUUGCUUGAUCAUUGAUAAAGAAAGAACAUAAAACUGGGUUCAGGAUACAA